AAAUUAAAUGUUUGGAGGUAUACAUGACAGAGUCCACAUUCUCUGCAGCGAACGAUAAGAUGCGGUGAGCAUUAGACAGCUAAGAGCAUUUGGGCAUGCACUCCAAAGGGCUCCUAGCCACCUGAUGCUCACUACAGCGGUUCAACGGCUGCAAGCGAUUUUCACACAUACAUGAUAACAUUGAUACCACAUUCGUUGAAGGCCCUGCAUGCAUAGAUUUAGAUAUUGGUAUUGUAUCGGCCAUCUCAAUAUGAAGCGAUAUGACAUGAUACCAAUACAAUGGUAUCUGUGUAUCUCUGGAGGAUAAAAUGGUUCAAAAAUCAAUGACAUCAAUAUCAUCAUAGAGUAAAUUGGUCUGAUCUGACCCACUAUGAGCAAUGUAUAGGGGCUAUCUCAGGUCCCAGAUGAAAUUCGGUAAAAAAAAAAAAUCUAUAUCAAUACGGGUCAAGACCAAUACGUUAGGUUUUAAUUUACGGUAUUGAUGGCCGUAUUGGUAUUGGAUCGGUUAGGAUAUGUCCACCCCCAAUCCUCAUUGAUCCGGUACCGAUCCAUUAGUAAGACAUAAGGAUAAAAUAGAUCAAAAGAUCAACUUUUUUUUAUCUGAAAAAAGGGUAAAUCCAUACGGUCCAAUCCGAUCCCAACCUAUACCGAUACCGAGAUUUAAUUCUCAGGGAAGAUUUAAAAAGACGAAAACUAAAGCCCUACUUGCAAGUUGGGGUGGUGCAAGUCAGUCGGUUCCCUAAGGGAGUGGUAUAAUCGUAAAUUUUGGUAAUAAUGAAGGGUACUCCUCGUAUAUGGAAUCCAACGAAACACACACGCGACUCCGACAGUAUAAAUAGGGGUUUUGGCGCUCUUAUGUGUUUCAAUCGUUCCAGCGUGGAUCGAGUAACGAGGGUGUGUGGAUUCUGGCUUCUUUUCGUAGUUCUUCGCCAGAGUUAACUGCGCAUUUGCAAUGAAUAAGCUAGGGUUGCCAGGGAUGAAGAGCUUAGAUCAGCUCAGAUCGUUAUCAGGAUCAGUUUCAGGAACCGUGAAGACCUUCCCGGCAUCUUCACGGUCGCAAUCUGAUUCAUUUUCAUCGUCAGGCUUUGCAAAUUUGAAGCUCACUGCAGAGAAAUUGGCUAAAGAACAAGCUUCGGUGAAAACUUGUCUUGAAAUGGCGAACUCAAAGCUGAAGAAAUCAUCAGAGCAGAUUCAUUUGCUAGAGGAGAAAUUACAAAAUGCGAUCAAUGAAAAUGCAAAGCUCUCGGUGAAGCAGAAUGAAGAUGCCAAGCUCUGGAAAGGACUCGAGUCAAAAUUCUCUUCUACAAAAACCUUAUGUGAUCAGCUCACCGAGACUCUACAGCAGUUAGCUGGUCAGGUUCGGGAUGCUGAGCAACAUAAGAAAUUAUUUGAAGAAAAACUGUCAGCAAGUUCAAAAGCUUUUGAGAGUUUGCAUCUUCAGAUGAAUGAUCUGUCUGUGAAAUUGGAGUCAUCUGAGCAAACUAUUAGAAACAGGGAACAAGAGCUGAUGGAACUCAGAAUUGACAAAGAAGAAAUGGAGAAAACUUAUGGGGAUGAGCAUUGCAGAGCUGCCAGUCUCAUAAAGGACAAAGAGUCUGUGAUCAAACAAUUAGAAGAAACUGUUGCCGCUGAAAAGUUGGGUGUUGAUAGUCUUAAUUUUCAAUUGAAAGAGAUGCAUCUUGAGUUAAGUUCAAAAGAAGAUAACUGUAAAGUCUUGAGAUCCGUUCAGGAAAGCUUAGAGACAGAAAAGAAUGUUCUUCAAUCUAGCAAUGAAGAAUCUGCCAAAAACCUGCUUAUAUCGGGUCAAGAGAUAAAACGUCUUGAAGAAUUGAUUCAGGGAUUCGGGGCAAUGCUAAUUGAGUUGGAUAAACAAAGUCUGGCUGUUUCGAACAAAGUUGUUCAGCUAAACUCUGCGUUUGGUACUUGCUACAAGUUGUCCGAGCAAGAGAAAUCCUUGGCCACCAAGCUUUCUCAAUGCCAAUUUGAUCAACUCCAUGGUCAGUUUCUGCAUGUUAUCGCAGAAAAAGAUUCCUUGCAAUCAAUCAAUGAAGGUCUAAAUGGUAAGGUCCUUGAGCUGCAACAAGUUCAAGAAUUUGUGAUGGUGCAACAUUCUGAGGAAUGCCGUCUAGCUGAGGAGAAAAUUCGGAGAUUGGAGUAUGAGGCAAAAACUCUUGUUUCAAAGAAGACCGAGUUGGAGAUGUUGGUUACCAAGUUAGAGGAGAAAAUCAAGAAUUUUAUACAUGCUUCAAAUCAAUCUGAAAACAAAAUGGAAGGUUUAUUGCUGAAAAUUUCAACAUUAGAAUCUGAGAACCUAGAUAUUCAAGAGAAAUCACGGUCAAAGCUACUAGAGAAAGCAGACAAAAUAGAAACUCUUGAGAAAGAGAUUGGCAAGCAUUUGGAGCUUGUGGAUUCCCUUGAGAAACAAGUCAGCCAGCUUCAUGACAGUUCAAAAGAGAAGGAGCAGCAACUUCUGCAAUCAAUAGACAGAGGGAAAGAGUUAGAAGAUAAAAAAGAAGAGAUUCAGUCACAGCUAGCAGUAGCUGAAAGCAAACUUGUAGAAGCGAAAAAGCAAUAUGAUCUGAUGCUGGAAAGUAAACAAUUAGAGCUAUCAAAGCAUUUGAAGGAAAUAUCUCAGAGGAAUGAUCAGGCAAUUAAUGACAUUCGGAGGAAGUACGAGGUCGAAAAGCUGGAAAUUGUUAAUCAAGAAAAGGAAAAGGCAGACAGAUUCAUUGAAGAAAUGGAAAGAAAAUGUGACCUGAAAAUUGCAGAGAGCAAAGAAGAAUCAAGGCAAUAUUUGAUGCACGUUCAAGAGGAACAUGUUGCUUUGAUUAACCGUAUCCAGCUGGAGCAUGAUAAAAAAGAAUUGGGUACUAGAGCAGACCACAAUGAAGAGCUGAAACGCAUCCAGAUUCAAAAUGAAAAUGAAUUAAAGGAGAAAACCAUGUUACUGAGUGAAGAACUUGAGGUUCAGAUGGAGGUUUUGAGGCGUCAACAUGAAGACGAGUGUGCAAAACUGCAAGAAGAACUUGAUCUUCAGAAGUCAAAGGAAGAAAGGCAAAGGGCAUUGCUGCAAUUGCAGUGGAAAGUAAUGAGUCACAAUCCACAGGAGGAUCAGGAAGUGAACUCAAAAGAGUACUCGAUUUCAUCAAUUAAGAUGCGGAAUACAGAUGAUGUCAAAGGAAGUCGGCGAUCUCAGAGAAUACCUGAGAACAUAGGGAAGGAUUCAACUUUACUAAGAUCAAAGCAAACACCUGAGUCAAACGUACUAAAGAAAGUAGAUAAAGUGAACGCAGGGAGCAUAAUGGCUAUUCCUAAGCAUGGUAAGAAGGUCACUCAUCAUGAAUAUGAAGUUGAAACAUCCAACGGAAGAACGAUUACAAAGCGUAGGAAGACAAGCACAGUCAUGUUUGGGGUAUGCACUCACUCACACAAAAAUAACCAUAAACAGAAUAAGAUGACGAACACACCGAAAACCACGACCAGAAAAGAUGUCGAGAAGGUGAGGCAUGAAAAGGUAGUAAAGAGGGAUGCUCAUUCUCGUCAUUCAAAUAAUAUAGGUGAUUUGUUUUUAGAAGGGUCCCUGAAUCCUUAUACAGAAGAUCCCUAUGCAUUUGACUAGAGGAAUUCUCAACUUAUGGAGCUAAGAUUCGUCCAAAGAGACUCUUUUAGAAGCGAGCUGGUUAUGGAUUUCCUUAUCUUCUAGAUGAGAUGAGAAUGACAUCCUCUACUCUGGAGUUGGAGACAUUUUCAAAGCUUUGAUUUUAAUCAGAAAAGCCUCUUACAAAGGUUCUUCAAUAGUAUUACUUCAGCAGCAUAGAUACUGGGACUUCUCUUUUUGUACAUUUUUGUUAUGCUCGUUCAAUUCUCCCAUUAUACAGUCUCUGGGAAUUAGGAAUAGACACCUUAUCUCUCAAAGACCUUUUUUCUUUUAUGAUCUGGUGAUUCCCAAAGGAAGUUUUCAACUGUUCUUAUGGUUGCUGUAAAUAUACACAGGUGGCAUAUAGAUCAGAAUAUGAAUAUCAUAGACACAUGCUCUUUUGACCCGA